UUUUUUAAUUGUAAAGAUAUACAUGUGGCAUAGCGCAUUGUACGUGAAAAGCGCACGUUGUAGAUAGAAAAUAACCCUAAAUUAUUUUAGCUAUCUUUUAGAUAUCUUUACGACAUCUUUCAGAUUCUGGUGUUGUCUGGAAAAAUACAUUUACAAAUCAUGCUAAAUAGCAUCAAACUUAGAAUCGUUUGUGUUGAAACACAUGAAGUCUUUAACAUAAUGUUUUCCAUUUGUAAGCUGACCUCCGCGGAAAGAGCGUUCUCUUUGCGAGAUGAACACAUCACGUAAGACGGUGUUCUUUAUUGAUAUAGUUAAUAUUUGAUAGAGAUAAAACUUUCUGGCGUGACUGAGAUAAAAUAUGUCACACUCGCAUAAAUAGCGCAUAACGCGAACAGUACGUUACAAGAUAACAUACGUUUUAUGAUAUCAAAAGUGAGAAAAGGCUAAACAGAUGUGUAUUGGAGAAAAGAAAGAACGGAAGGAGACACGUGCAUCUUCGUUAACGAUCUCAUCAGGAAUACAAUGUCAAAAAAGAAUGGAAAAAAGUACGCAUGUCCGCUCCUUAUCCUGCAUUGUUCUGCACAAAGCUUCAGCUGUGUCCUUCUAUCGGCUCCUACCACAGCUACCGUUUCAGAAAACUCAUAAUUGGAUCAUAGACAUACAGAUUUGAUUACAAGAUUGAUACAAUUAUCAUUUAUAUUGUGUGUGAUAGUUAAAAUUAAUUAAUUAAAAAAUUAAGUGUAACAAUUACAUACCUGUGUUAGGUAGACACACACACACACACACACGCACAUAAUUUUAUACAAUUGGAUCUGAAAAUACCGUUCGCGGACGCAAGCGCCGCAAAGCCAACUUGGUCGUCGCGCAGAGCUGCGAAGGUGGUGGUCGGUGAUGGUCCUCGCCCAGGAACACGUGCCGCUACUUGGCAGUCGCGUGUCGUCGGCGCCCGAUAGAUAUGAGCUGACAGUGUAAUAUAUUAGAAAACACUUGUCUUCUUGCGGUGAACCCUAACUGAUUUAACGUAACAGAAAAUUGGCACAGACUUGCUUUGUACUAUACAAAAAUCGUGUCCUGGUGAAAUUUUGUAUAACGAUCAUCGCCUAUAAAUAGAAACAUUUUGUGAAAAAAAUUAAUCUUCAAUCAAAUCAUCACUAAAUAAACAAAUAAUAAUAAAAUUAACACAUUAUCGAGUGUAUCGUACGUAAUAAGUGUGCCGCAUUUCAUUGCAACGUUACGAUUGUCUUCAUGAUUGUUAAACAGCUGUAUUUCACAAUCAUCAUCAAGCAUAGAUAACUGUUUGCAGAAAAGACACAUUAUCAAGUGAUCGUCGUUGUUCUGCGGGGCAGUCACAACGAGUUUCUUGUUACCUCGAAUCAAAGGAUCUCAGUAAAGAAGGAUGACAACACAACGAACCCAGGAGGCAUUAGACUUAUUAUUUUCUGCAAACGGCACGAAGUCCACGGCCGACGGUAAUUACGUACUGAACGCUUUAAAGUACAUUAACGAGCGGAACGAGUCGUUCAACGCUGAACAGCUCAAGUGUCUUGAACUCGAGCAGAAUCAAAACACACGGCAGGAGCAGGAAUGCCAGGUAAACUGGGACACCAUACUGUGCUGGCCCCGGACAUCCCCUGGCACACUAGCCACCAUCCCCUGUUUCGACGAACUCAAUGGAAUACCUUAUGACAACACUCAAAACGCCAGUCGGUGGUGCAAGGGCAAUGGGACAUGGGACAAUUAUUCUAACUAUUCUCUGUGUCGAGACCUACAAAUGCCGGUCGUCGAGCCUGGAGUGGAAAUCACGACAACGCUGUAUUUUAUCGGUUACAGCCUCUCCUUAUUUACUCUGAUAGUGGCCGUCUGCAUAUUUAUCUAUUACAAAGAACUACGAUGUCUCAGAAAUCACAUACACACGAAUCUCAUGUUCACGUACAUUCUGGCUGACUUGACAUGGAUACUUACUACUGUUAUGCAGAUAUCAAUGAAAACGGAUAUACCAACCUGCGUAACGCUCUUCUCGCUCCUUCAUUAUUUCCAUUUGACGAACUUUUUCUGGAUGUUCGUAGAAGGUUUAUAUCUAUAUCUGUUGGUCGUGAAAACAUUUACUGGCGACAAUAUCAAGCUGAGAUUCUGUCUAAUCAUCGGUUGGGGUAUUCCAAUAUUGGUGAUAGCUACGUGGGGAAUUGCCAAGUCGCUGGAUCAGAAUGUCAUGAAACAAGCUAACAAGGAAGAAGCGCUCUGGAAGCAUUGUCCUUGGAUGAUACCACAUCCUUACGACUGGUUUUAUCAAGUACCCGCUAUAACAGUUCUUGCAAUAAACAUGAUGUUCCUUUUCAUGAUUAUGUGGGUGCUGAUAACAAAGCUUUGGUCUGCCAAUAACAUGGAAACGCAGCAAUAUCGAAAAGCCAGCAAAGCUCUCUUGGUGUUGAUACCGCUUCUGGGAGUGACGUACAUUUUAGUCAUAGCGGGACCUACGGAAGGCCAGGUCGCCAAUGCGUUUUCCUAUACGCGUGCGAUUCUUCUUUCUAUGCAGGGAUUUCUUGUGGCGUUGUUUUACUGUUUUCUCAAUACCGAAGUACAAAACGCAGUCAAGCAUCACUUUGCACAAUGGAACACCGAGCGAAAUCUUGGUACCCGUCAGAGAUAUUAUAACAAUUGGUCUCCCCGUUCCAGAACCGAGAGCAUAAGGUUGUACUGCCAACCGUCGAAUCCAUAUGGAAAGCGAGAGUCUACGAGAACCACAAUGAAUGAGACUUCAGAAAACUCGCGAGAGAAAUGCCAAAAUUGGACGAUUUCAACUUGCGUCGCUGAUAAGCGACGUUCUUCAUAAAUGACAUGUCCCCAGUUGCGUCAUUUAUGAAAAAACAAAUUAUCCUACUAUAAUUCCUAUAUAUAAUUCUUUUCCGUGACAUCUUUGAAACAUUUACUUCGGAGAGAAUCUCAAUUAUAUCAUUUCAAACAAACAUAGAAUAAUAAAAUAGAUUAAUAAGAUUGACAGGAAUUGUUUUUAGCUUGUAAAAUAUCUGCAUUUUAAAUUAUAUUGCAGUAUAAUAGUUUUUUUUUUAUCGUUUAAAUAUCAUUAAAAUAAUUUUUGUUAUGCAUUACAUGACAAAUAUAUACAGCACUCAUAUUUUCAUCCAAGUAUAAGAUUUUUAUGUACAAAUAACAUUUCGUAAUAUUUACAACAGUAGUAUUUUUUUAAAUGGAUUUCAAGCAAAAUAUUCCAUAAAUACAGUCAAUGAGAACGUGGUAUAUUUUACGACAAAUGAUCAAAACUAGUAUAAAAUUUAAUAUACAUUACGUUAAAUAUUGAUCAUAUUUACGAGAGAGAGAGAGAGAAAGCUAUAGCGAUUUAUCGUAAUUUAACUUUAAAUACAUCGGUAAAACGAAUACAUGAAACGGUGCAAAGAAUCAAAUGUAUGUAAAUAAUAUAACGACUUCUACAAAUACAAGGGAAAGAAACAAAUGUAUAUUUAUUAUGUAUAUAUAAAACUGACUUAUAACAAUUAUAUUAACAAAAUGUUUAUCCUUGUGUGUCGAAGUGUAUACGUACCUACAAUUUCUGAGGAGAUCAGUAUGUACAUACAUACAUAUAUCAUUUUACGAUGUAUACCGUGUGAGUUUUAUAUAUAUAUAUAUAUAUAUACACACACACACAAUAUAUGUUGUUUCAAAACAACUUAUAGUUAAAUAACAGCUGUAAAAAUUUGUUGUAUGUUCUUACUUUUUUAACUUAAGCAAUAUAAAUGUCCGUACGUAUGUAUGUAUAUAUAUAUUUAUGUUGUACAAAAAGAUUUUAAAAUUGUUAUUGCAACACAUUGUAUAAACGUCGUAAAUAAAACCUCUUUACAUAAUUCUAUACGUUUAACUUCUUGAAGAUGUGAUGAGCAAAAUAUUUAAACAAAAAACCACAAAGACGUCACUAUCUGUAAAUAGUAUCGUAUACCUACCGUAUAUACUUAUUCGGAAUCUUCUCUUUUUGAUAUUCUACAGUUAAUCAAACAUAAAUGCUACGAAAAAGAUCGAUACACAUGGCACAUUUUAAGAAAACAAUUAAAAUAAAAUUUUUUAAAUUAAGUAAAAUUCCUUUGUAAGAAGCAUAAUAUCUCUCUAUAAAUUGUCGUAUAUUUCUUAUUAAAAUUUAUAUUAAAACCUGUAAAACAGAGAAACAAUUAUAGUCACGCUAAAAAAACAAAUAUAAAAUUAAAGCUUAGAAAAACCGGAUACUUGACAGUUCGACCUUCAGUGAGCAAAAAUCAGAUCUGAACGGUCAAACUUCAAAUAUUGAAAAAAAGUUUACUUUGACAUCUGUAUAUACAUUUUGUUGAAAUCUAACUUUACAUUUCUUUAUUAAU